AUGAGCUCCAACCUAGGCAAUGAUGCUGACCCUGAGUACGACUCACACGGCAACCUCAUCUCACCGUUCUACGGUUAUAUGCCCACCCAGUGGGUGUGCUACAUUUUCGCCGUUCUCUUCACCCUGUCUACCCUGCUCCACUUCGGGCAAGCCAUCCGGUAUCGUGCUUGGUGGCUUCUAGCGACGGUGGUUCUUGCGGGUGUCGGCGAGAUGAUCGGUUGGGGUGGGCGGCUGUGGUCGACGUUCCAGCCGCUUGCUGAGAAUCCGUACAUGAUACAAAUUGUCUGUACCAUCGUUGCCCCCACGCCGCUCAUUGGUGCCAUCUUCAUCUCGUUCGGUCGGCUGUCCACUCAUCUUGGACCGCAAUAUAGUCGUCUCAGCGCCCGCCUUUACUCUAGAAUUUUCUUUACGGCUGACUUCGUCGCACUGCUGGUCCAGUCUGCCGGCGGUGGAAUCGCCGCUACUGCCGACGACAGUAAAACCGGUCAAUUGGGAUCCAAUAUCAUGCUUGCUGGGAUUGUAUUCCAGCUAGUGUCUCUGUCGAUAUUCUGCAUCCUAGCGAUAGAGUAUUUCAUUCGGUACUUCAAGGAGAAUCCCGCAAGGCCACUCUUGCUCAACAACAUCUCGAACGAGUCGGUUGUGGAACAUUUCAAUCACCCUCCCAUGGACCCCGCGGCGAAGCUUUUGGUUGUUGGCCUUUUCUCCCAGUCGCUCUUCCUUUUUAUACGCUCCAUCUACCGUACUAUUGAGCUUUCAGAUGGAUUCCACGGUCGCAUCAUUAGAACCGAGGUCUACUUCAACGUCCUUGAUGGCGCCAUGGUUGUGUUGGCAAUGUUCUCACUGAACUUCUUCCACCCCGCUCGUCUCCUUAAGAAAUUGGAUGAGCGGUUCACGGCUGGAUCGACGGUCCGUAUGACGUCCAAGAACAUCUACUCUCAGGAAUCCGUCUGA